UUUUCGAACAUCCUGAUCACUUGCUGUAGACUCUCUAAUUAUCACUAUGAAUAUUCUCGAAUCGUUCAAGGCCCAGCCAUUGGACCUCCAACCCAUACUCGAAUCCUGGUCGGCACCACUCCCCAUCUUCUACGGCAACCCAUCCAAGGACCCUCCCGUCGAUGAAUGGCUGGACAAGAUCAAGGCUGGCUGCAUCGAGCGCAAGGUGCCUAAGGAGUACUGGCAUAAAGUCGGCCAGUACUUCCUCGGCGAGAAGGCGAAGGGAAGGUUGACCGAGUUGAAGGCCGUGUUGGUCAGGAUGCAUGGCGGGGAAGGGAAGUAUCGAUGGAACUGGAAGAAGUUCAAGGUCGCGAUGAGAAACAUGGGCUGGGAGCUCGAGGAGUCCAAGACGGAAUCCAUCAAGGUUCAAAGCAAACCCUCGGGUCUCUGGUGGAUCGUCGGUGGCCGCGCUGAGAAGGAGACCGAUGACUGGGACAAGGUCGAGUCCAAAUCAACCAUCGCCAAAUCCCAAGCCAAAGACGUCAAACAAGGUCUCCCGCCCGUCCCUGACCAACAACGACCCCCUCCCUCUAAAUUCCGUCGUUCCAGCUCUCGCGCCAACUCUUAUUCCGACGACCAACCUCCGGCUGUUCCCCCGAAGGCGCCCCGGCGUUCGUCGACCAUGAGCACAUCGGAUGCCUCGUCUGUUGCUAGUCCGGAGCCCAGCCCAGGUGUCGGCACGAGUCAGAUCAAGAGCUGGCUGUCAAGGACCCCGUCCUCGAACUCGACGGUGACAUCGACUCAGAUAGUUGAAGAGCCCAAGAGUGAAAGUUCGAUCUGGAACUGGAAGUCUUCGCCAGCUUCCACCCCAGCUGCAUCUGGCCCCAACUCCGUCUCCACGACUCCUGCUCAAACCCCCGGAGAGGUCACCACCGUGACGACUUCAGCUCCCCUUUGGCUCCUCAACGCUACCAACGCUCUCGACUUCCUCUCUUCCGAACAUCCCAAAGCCAUGUCCGCCGCCGCCGCUAUUCUCAUCACCGUCGGCACCCUCCCCGCCAUCCCUGCCCUGCACGUCGGAGCCGGUGGUGCCAUUCUCGCGAGCCACGCCGUGCAGACCGCGGGCGCGAUCGCAGUUGCCGCGGGGAACUGGUUGAAGCAGGAGCAGAAGGCAAGGAGCGGUGGGAGCUUGGGGAGCGUGACCGAGAGUGGGAUCGAGGAGGAGGAGAAGCCGGUUCAGGGAAGGUUGAUGACAAUUAUGCAUAAGUAAAGUUGAGUGGGGCGGAAGUGAGAGUGGUUGGAGAGGACGAUGAAGAGUCCUAGAGAGUCUUUUUGGAACAAUGUAGGAUAUGAUGCAAGGGAUGAAAUUUUCCCAGUCGGUGGUUUUUUUCUUUGAAGGUUUCCGUGGAACGUAGUAUUGAUUACUUUACCGUGGCUGGUUCGCGACAGCUGUAUAUACCUAACUUACUUCUCGUCUGGACGAGUCGUGGACAUCUGUAAAUUCUUCAUAACGUAGCAGAAAUAACAUCGUCG